CGGUGUGCAGUAUAGGGUUGCUGUGUCAGAGCCUCCCACCCUCCGCCCUCCAGCCUGCCCGGGUCUGCUCACGGUCCCCUCUUUCCCGCCCCCUCUCCUGCUCUCGCUCUCUAGAGUUGCCGUAAAAACUUCCUGCGUGUGGCUUGGCCGCUUAGUGGGGGUGGUCUCUGGCCGCCCGCUUUCCCGGUCUCCUUUCAGGGGAAUUUGCGAGACAAACACGGUGUCCGUUUCCCGGGAUUUCCCCCCCUCGGGCGCACUCCCUACUCCCCUCCCUUCAUCCCCGCGCUGCCAGGCGGAUUCGGGGCCAUGGCGAGCGGCGGGGGCAGGUACCGGCUGAGUUGCUCGCUCCUGGGCCACGAGUUGGACGUGCGGGGCGUGGUAGCCGGCCUUUACCCGCCGGGGGCCUUCGUGUCAGUGUCCCGCGAUCGCACCACCCGCCUGUGGGCCCCGAACAGUCCUAACAGGGGUUUUACAGAAAUGCACUGUAUGAGUGGCCACUCCAAUUUUGUUUCUUGUGUAUGUAUCAUACCAUCAAGUGACAUCUAUCCUCGGGGACUAAUUGCCACCGGUGGAAAUGACCACAAUAUUUGCAUAUUCACACUGGAUAGUUCAGCACCACUUUAUAUACUGAAAGGUCACAAAAACACUGUUUGUAGCCUUUCAUCUGGGAAAUUUGGCACGUUACUUAGUGGUUCAUGGGACACUACAGCUAAAGUCUGGCUCAAUGACAAAUGCAUGAUGACCUUACAGGGUCAUACAGCAGCAGUAUGGGCAGUGAAGAUAUUACCAGAACAAGGUUUAAUGUUGACUGGAUCAGCAGAUAAAACUAUUAAACUUUGGAAAGCUGGAAGGUGUGAAAGAACAUUCUCUGGUCAUGAAGAUUGUGUGAGAGGUUUAGCAAUUCUAAAUGAAACAGAAUUUCUUUCCUGUGCAAAUGAUGCCAGUAUUAGAAGAUGGCAAAUCACUGGCGAAUGUCUUGAAGUAUUUUAUGGGCAUACAAAUUAUAUUUAUAGUAUAUCUGUUUUCCCAAAUUGUAAAGAUUUUGUGACAACAGCAGAAGACAGAUCUCUGAGAAUCUGGAAACAAGGGGAAUGUGCCCAAACAAUCAGACUUCCAGCGCAAUCUAUUUGGUGCAGCUGUGUGCUAGAAAAUGGUGACAUUGUGGUUGGUGCGAGUGAUGGUAUUGUCAGAGUGUUUACAGAAUCAGUGGAAAGGACAGCUAGUCCUGAAGAACUCCAGGCCUUUGAAAAUGAACUUUCUCGGGCAACUAUUGAUUCAAAAACUGGUGAUUUGGGGGAUAUUGAUGCUGACCAGCUUCCAGGAAAAGAGCAUCUCAACGAACCUGGUACUAGAGAAGGACAGACCCGUCUGAUAAAAGAUGGGGAGAAAGUUGAAGCCUAUCAGUGGAGUGUUAGUGAUGGAAGGUGGUUGAAGAUUGGUGAUGUUGUUGGCUCAUCUGGAGCUAAUCAGCAAACGUCUGGAAGAGUUUUAUAUGAAGGAAAAGAAUUUGAUUAUGUUUUUACCAUUGAUGUCAAUGAAAGCGGGCCUUCCUAUAAAUUGCCAUAUAAUACCAGUGAUGAUCCUUGGUUGACAGCAUACAACUUUUUGCAGAAGAAUGACCUAAACCCCAUGUUUUUGGAUCAAGUGGCCAAAUUUAUUAUUGAUAACACAAAAGGGCAGACAUUAGGACAUGUGAACACUGACUUUUCAGAUCCAUUUACAGGUGGUGGCCGUUAUGUUCCUGGUUCUUCUUCUGGAUCAGACACGUUAGCUACUACAGAUCCUUUUACAGGUUCAGGUCGUUAUCUUCCUAGUUCAUCAACAAGUACUGCAGUACCUUCAGCUGGAGUUGACCGAUUUAUAGGUAGUGGUGUCUUCCAAUCAGCUCCACUUAAAACACUAAAUAUAUAUUUUCCCAAGAAGGAAGCUGUCACAUUUGACCAGGCCAACCUGACACAAAUAUUGGGUAAAUUAAAAGAACUUAAUGUAACUGCACCUGAAGAACAGAAAUUAACUGAAGAUGACUUGAUACUUCUUGAAAAGAUACUGUCUUUAACAUGUAAUAGCUCUGCAGAAGGACCCACAGCUCACCAGCUUCAGACUUUGUGGAAAGCUGUUAACUGGCCUGAAGAUAUCGUCUUUCCAGCACUUGAUAUUCUUCGGCUGUCAAUUAGGCAUCCUACUGUGAAUGAGAAUUUCUGCAAUGAAAAGGAAGGUGCUCAAUUCAGCAGUCACCUCCUCAAACUUCUGAAUCCUAAAGGAAAACCAGCAAACCAAUUGCUUACACUCAGGACUCUUUGCAAUUGUUUUAUCGGCCAGGCAGGACAGAAGCUCAUGAUGUCACAGAGGGAAUCAUUACUAUCACAAGCAAUAGAACUGAAAUCAGGCAGCAAUAAGAACAUUCAUAUUGCACUGGCUACGCUGACCCUGAACUACUCUGUCUGUUUACAUAAAAACCAUAAUAUUGAAGGUAAAGCUCAAUGUCUGUCAGUAAUCAGCACAGUCUUGGAAGUUGUGCAAGACCUUGAAGCCACUUUUAGACUCCUUGUGGCUCUUGGGACACUGAUCAGUGACGAUUCAAAUGCUGUGCAAUUAGCCAAGUCUUUAGGAGUUGACUCUCAAAUAAAAAAAUAUGGCUCAGUAUCAGAACCAGCUAAAGUAAGUGAAUGCUGUAGGUUUGUCCUUAAUUUGUUGUAAUUGUUUUUACUACAUGGGACCUAAAGUUAUGCCUUGAUUAGUGUUUUUUUUCUUUCAUAUUUUACAUGACUGGAUAUCAUUGAAAAAUACUGUGGAUGAAGUAAAACUUAAUUAAGUUCUGUUGAGUGGGAGGGAAAACAAAUAAAAAACAAUUUUUGCACUAAU